GUAGUCAAGUUACGAUAUUCAUCAGGAUAUUUGAAGUUCAAGUUACUGCUUGACGGCUUUCGAGGACACAGCGUCAAGGAAAUUAUUAAAUAAUCUAUAAUUUUAUUCUAUUGGUCAAGUACUUUUUAAUUAUCUGAAGAUAAUAAUGGCGUAUUACCCAACAUCACAAAAUCUGGCAAUCGUUCCCGAACCAGCUCAACAUGUUGUGGUCGCAUCACCUGUUCAUCCGGCCGAAAAGAACAAGAAUGCUUUCACCAUUAUUGGGAUAUGUCAAUUGUUAAUCGGUAUCAUCUGUGCGAUCAUUGGUGGUGUGUUGGCCUCACAUACAUCUCCUACUUCCACUUCCAAUACUGGAAUCGGAGCUGGAGUAUUGUACGCCAUUACAGGUGGGUUGGCUUUGGCAACUGGAGCUGGUCCCACAAGUUGUAACGUUGUUGGAGGAAUGGUCAUGGCUAUUCUUUCGUCUCUUUCGGCAGGAAUUACUGCAGCCGUCGCAGCAUUUGCCUUAGCUGAACUGGACAGCUUAGAAUAUUCCUACUACACGGAAGCGAGCAGUGUCAUUGCGAUCAUUGGAACAAUAUGCGGAUUGUGUUUCCUCGAAUUCUUCCUUGCAAUUGUACAUUCUGCGUACUGCUGUAGUGGAAGUUGCUGUGCCAGAACCGACCAACCUGGAAUGGUAUUGCAAAUACCACAACCUCAUGCUGCACCUCCUGCGUAUGGCCAAACAAAAAACCCCUACAAGCCUUUCACAAACGAACCAGAAGCAUAAAAUGGUUAUACCAUCAUAAGAGCGAGGUGAAGAAAAGCUGAUUAUUUUCCAUGUACAAUACUCUCGUAAAUUAACAGCGGUGUAAUUGUAAAUAUGUGUAUCUGCUGUAAAAAGUCUGCAAGUUGAAACAAAUCACGAAAAUACUUUUACAGUUUAAAAUAAAAUUUCCAUAUUUUCAUUUCGAAGAUAAAAUAGAAUUCGUCAAAUAAAGCAAAUAUGAUUGCA